AAGAAUUAUUAGUAUUCUUCUGUAGUAUAAUAAGCUGAAAAUGAAUUCGCUGAAUUUUGAAUUGAAAUAAAUUCCCAAGUCCUGAAAACUUUCCCAGAUCUUUGCACUUUGCAUCCGAUCUCCACUUUCCGGGAUUACGAUGUCGAGUAUGUGGAGAUUAGGGUUUAUUUCCUCGGUAUUAUUGGUAUCGGUGAUUGUGGUGUGCAGAUUCGAUGGAGCUUUGGGAUCUCAGAAUUCAGAAGAAGCCUACGUCACGCUUCUCUACGGUGAUGAAUUCCUGCUCGGCGUGCGAGUAUUGGGGAAGUCGAUUCGUGACACGGGUUCUACCAAAGAUAUGGUUGCUUUGGUCUCCGAUGGAGUUUCCAACUAUGCUAAAAAGCUGCUUCAGGCUGAUGGCUGGAUUGUGAAGACAAUAAGUUUACUGGAAAACCCCAACCAAGUGCGUCCAAAGAGAUUUUGGGGUGUCUAUACGAAGCUUAAAAUAUUUAAUAUGACGGACUACAAAAAAGUGGUAUAUCUUGAUGCUGAUACAAUUGUGGUAAAGAACAUUGAAGAUCUUUUCAAAUGUCAAAAGUUCUGUGCCAACUUGAAGCACUCAGAAAGGCUGAAUUCUGGAGUCAUGGUGGUUGAACCAUCAGAAGAAGUGUUCAAGGACAUGAUGACCAAAGUGAACACAAUGUAUUCCUACACAGGAGGCGAUCAAGGAUUUCUCAAUUCAUAUUUUCCUGACUUUGCAAAUGCACGCAUCUUUGACCCAUAUGCGUCUGCAGAGGAACUGAAGUCUAGACCCAUACCCAAAAUGGAGAGACUUUCUACUUUAUAUAAUGCAGAUGUGGGCCUUUACAUGCUUGCUAACAAGUGGAUGGUUGAUGAGGCAGAACUUCGUGUUAUUCAUUACACACUUGGUCCUCUUAAACCUUGGGAUUGGUGGACACAUUGGCUUGUUAAACCUGUUGAUGUCUGGCAGAAUGCCAGGAUAAAGCUUGAUGAGACUCUUCCAGGAACUGGAGGGGGCCAAAACCCUAAAGAUAAACUGCUAAUCACAUUUCUUAUCCUUCUUCCACUUAUGUUCUUAAUGUUUUGUUAUUAUCGCUCCUACUUACAGACACGAUCACUGCUUGAUCAUAUUAGACACAUCUACUAUAAGUUGAGAUCUGGAGGUGUCCUUGGUUACUCCUCCAUAACUUCCUCUACCAUCAGCUCUAAUCAGCAGCUUCCAAAUGCGGCAAACAAGGUGCCUGUUUUUCUGGGUGCCAUGUCAGUGGUUGUUUGUAUCAUGGCUGCUCUAUUUUCCCUUGCACUUUCAUUUUCAAUUGUACCUCGGCAAGUUAUGCCAUGGACUGGUUUGCUUCUAGUCUAUGAAUGGACAUUCACAGUGUUCUUCCUAUUGUUUGGGAGCUAUCUGCAUGUAGUCCAUCAUUGGGGAAAGUAUGUGGCCAAUCAAACGGCAUCAUUUUCCACAAAUCCUGAAUCCUUAGAUAAUGAUUCGAGAAAAGGCCAUCUGCGAGAAAUGUCUUCUUGUGAUGUUGCUGCAUGUUAUUAUGGGUUAGGGAUGGCAUCUCUUGCCUUGGCGGUUCCUCUGUUACCUUGUCUUUUGGGAGUCACUGCUCUUUUCCUAAGGGUAGGUUUGAUGGUAGCUGGAGGCCUUAUCUUGGCUUCAUUUAUGACUUACGCUUCAGAUCACCUCUCAGUAAGAGCGUUCGUGAGGGGUUACGAAGACGGAGAUUUACAAAGGACCAGGAACUUUUGUUAUUUGUGGUAUUUGGAAGUAUUGAUUUUUGUACCGUAAGUUGACUGCUUUAACAGGUCUAGUGUGUUUCUCCUGUAACUUAUAACAUUCUUUCUUGAUGAUUCAAUUAUGUAUAAUAUUUGGUGGACUGUGAGAAAGGUGGGUUGUAAUCUCACAAGGCAACAAUCUGUACAAUGUUGUAAAUGCUUCUCAAUUUUCCUUUACUGAAAGGAAGGUACGCAGGCCACUCUGUUUUAUGGA